AUGCUUGUUCUUGCAAAUGCAAUCUACUUCAAAGGUGCCUGGAGUUCGGCAUUUGAUGUGUCAAAGACCCAAGACAGUGCAUUCUACCUCCUCGAUGUAAGCAUCGGCCGAGUGGCCUUCAUGAUGAGCAACAAGAAGAAGCACUUCCUCCACUGCGUCGAUGGAUUCAAAGUCCUCAAACUCCCUUACCAAGAAGGAAACACCAACAGUCAAACUUCUUGGGUCAUCAUAUCAAGCUCUGGGAAGUUGAAGCCCGGCAGGGUUCAACUCCCACGGUUCAAGAUCUCAUUUCGUUUCAAAGCUUCAGGGAUUAUGAAGGAAUUGGGGUUAUAUUCACCUUACUCGGAACAAGGUGGGCUUACAGAGAUGGUAGACUAUCACGAACUGUCUCAGAGAUAUUCCACUAGUCAUUUGUUGCAGUUAGUGAGGAAGGGACUGAAGCCGCUGCUUCCACCGCUGCUCGUGUGA